AUGCCGGCAUCGCCAUCGCCGCCACCACCACCGAUAGCAGCUCUUUCAUCCGCGACACGACACGAACGCGCUUUCUCGACCUCGAACACGGCGCAAAUACGAGAAAAGACAAAGCCAUACGACACUCAGUCAGCAGCAGACAGCUCGUAUUCGCAGCCAGCGACUGGCCUUUCACAGCAUGUCACGAAAGCAGAAAAGGACCACUUCAGCAAGGUGGAAAGGCAAAGCAAAGCGAUGCAGUCGCGCAGCCCAUGGAUGCGAGACGGCUCUGAUGUCCCUCCUGUUCAACGAAAUCGAAGCGCCGGGGCGAUGACCAAAGGAAAGCUUUUGACCACACCAUCACGCAUGCUGAAGCUCAUCCUCCCUCUGACAACGAGAGAUCAUAACAAUGAUCGCAAAGAUGUGGAACCUUUGGCCUUGUUGGUCCAUCCGCAGCAGCCAUUGAGCUACCUCGAACGUCUGAUCCAGAGUGAGCUGCCAUUCUACGAUGAGGAGAAGAGCGGGAAGCAGCGACCUCCAAACAUUACUUUUCGUGCAGAAGACAGUAUGGAGGGCUCAGUCGGAGAGGACGAGGCGACUGAAGAACGGCAGGCACGACGUGAAAAGAAAGAGGACGAUGUUGAGGAUGCCGAUGAAGAAAUGGUCGAUGGCAAGCGGCAGAGAACUGGUGUCAUCCGCGGAAGCACGAAGGGUGGCCCAAAGUCGCACGAAGAGCCUGGACAUCCUCCGCGACCAAACUUCGUCAAGUGGAGUCCGAGCACCGAGAUUGGAGAUUUCAUUCGUGAUGCGGCGAGAGGAAAGGAAUUCGCAGUGGACAUUGAGGGAGCCCCUGAGGCUAUUUGUGUUGGAGUUCCAAGCUUCAAUGACCGCACAUACUAUUUGAGAAUGCGCCUGCGGAAGACUUCGGCCCGUAUAUCCAGUAUGGCGCAGCUGAAGAGUGAAUGCGACGAAUUGGCGCAUCGUGGUGCGAAGAAUGUGGCAAGACUGGGUUUUGCUGGCUUGAUCGGUUGGUGGGGAGCUGUGUAUUAUUUGACUUUCCUCACAGAUCUAGGCUGGGAUGUCAUGGAGCCUGUGACCUAUCUCGUCGGUCUUUCUGGUUUGAUCGGCGGUUACAUGUGGUUUUUGUACCACAAUCGCGAAGUGAGCUACAAGUCAGCCAUGAACUUUACUGUAUCAAGACGGCAGAGCCAAUUGUACCAAGCCAAAGGGUUUCAUCUGCCUAAGUGGGAGAUGUUGAUUGAUGAAGGAAACAGGUUAAGGAGAGAAAUCAAGAUGGUCGCUGAGGAAUACGAUGUCGACUGGGAUGAGACCAAGGAUGAGGGUGACGAGAAGGUUAGGGAGGCUCUUAGAAAGGAGAGAAAGAAGAAAGAAGCUGGAAAUAAGGAGAAGGAGAAAGAUGGCGAAGAAGAGAAGGAUGAUUGA